AUGGUGGCUUCCCCUGGGACAAAAUGGCGGCCCCCGUUGUUGCUGCUGCUGCUCGCCGUCAUCCCAGCCACCUUCUUGACGGCAUCCAGGCACACCUGCCCUUCUCGGUGCAAGUGCUUGUCCCAGGACAAGGUUGUCUUCUGCAACGGCCGCAACCUGACAGCAGUGCCGGGCCGGAUCCCUCCGGAUUCUGAGCUCCUGGACCUGAGCCAGAACGUCCUCCGCACCCUCCAGCAAGGCAUGUUCUCCCGCCUGCAGGCUCUGAAAGAGCUGGACCUGAGCUACAACGCCCUCUCCAACAUCGAGCCGGGCGCUUUCAACAGCCUGAAGAGGCUGAUGACCCUCCGGCUGACGGGCAACAAGCUGAAGAUGGUCCCCUCCGGCGUCUUCACGGGGCUUCCCAGCCUCGCCGUCCUCGACAUCAGCGAGAACGAGAUCGUCCUCUUCCAAGACCACAGCUUCAAGGACCUCUCUAGCCUCCGGAAGCUGGAGGCCGGAGACAACCACGUGAUCUUCGUCUCGUCCCAAGCCUUCAGCGGCCUCCAGAGCUUGCGGCAGCUCACUCUGGAGAAGUGCAACUUGACCGGGAUCCCGACGGAAGCCCUCUCGCAUCUCCGCCAUCUUGUGGAGCUCCGGCUCAAGGUCCUGAGCAUCAGCUCCGUCCCCGAACACUCCUUCCAAAAGCUGCAUCACCUGAAGGUCCUCGAGAUCCACCGGUGGCCUUCCCUGACGGCUCUGAGGCCCCACAGCCUCUCGGGCCUGAACCUCACCGCCUUGUCCGUCACCAGGUGCAGCCUCCGCGAGGUGCCUUACAAAGCCAUCCACCACUUGGCCCACCUCCGAUUCCUCGACCUCUCCCACAACCCGAUCUCGGUCCUCCGCGGGAGGAAGCUGGCCGAGCUCUCCCGCCUUCAGGAGUUCCACCUCACGGGCGGGCGGCUGGCCACCGUGCAGGCCCACGCCUUCCACGGCCUCGUCCACUUCCGCGUCCUCAACCUCUCGGGCAACGGCUUGCGGACGCUCGAGGAGGGUGCCUUCCACUCGGUGGGGAACCUAGAGGUCCUACGGCUGGACGGGAACCCUCUGGCUUGCGACUGCCGCCUCCUAUGGAUCAUUCGCAGGCAGCGGAGGCUGAACUUCGAGGCCCGGCAACCCGUCUGCGCCACCAACUCGACGAGCGAGGGGAAGGUGUUCCGCAAAUUCUCCGACAUCCUUCCAGGGCACUUCACCUGCAGGAAGCCCACGAUCGAAAAGGAGACUCCUCCUCAGAGACUAAGCGUGGAAGAGGGCGGCCGGGCAAUGCUGACCUGCAGAGGCGACGGCGACCCGCCCCCCGCCAUCUCCUGGGUGUCUCCUCACAACGUCUCCCUGGACGCCAGCCGCAAAGGCCGUCUCACCGUCCUUCCCGACGGCACGCUGAGGAUCCACCACGCCUUCCCUCAAGAUGGCGGGGCCUACCUCUGCGUGGCCCGCAACGCCGCCGGAAACGACACCAUGUGGGCCCACCUCCGCGUCUUCAGCAACUUCUCUGUCAGGGUGAACGCCAGCUCCCUCAACGCCUCGAGCGCUGCUGCCCUCCCGUUCCUCCUUGACGUCGGCACCUUGGCGGGGAUCCUGGCCAUUGGGAUUGUGCCCUUCCUGUGCUCGGUCGCCAUCUGCUUCGUCUUCAUCUCUCUCUGGAACAAGGGCAGGGGGAACGCCCAGCACCACAUCAUCAACGCCGUACCCCGAUAUUCCCGGGGCUACAAGGCCGUAACGAACAGGCACAAAAGGGUGGCCAAGAAACCCAGAUGAGGUACCAACUCAACUUCUGAAGGGCGC